AUCACAGCGCAAGAGACACCUGAGAGUCCAUUUGACUCGGGAGUCCCUUCGGGUUUCUGGCCUGUAGCCGUUUGUAGGCUCCUGUUUAUCUUCCCCUUUAACCUUGCCUGAUCUUUUUCUGUGGAACAUCUUGGGUGUGUGCUAAAAGCAAACUCUAGCCUCAGAUCUCCGUAGCUGAAUAUGUUCCCUGCCAGGAAGUGGUCUGGAGCUUUCAGAGCCAUCAGACUGCAGCAUUUCAGAUCCCAUUCUGUAUCCAGAGCCUCUCCAAACUUGACUUUCGUGCCAGCCUGUCUGCCCCCAGACCCUGUGGAAGUGGAGGAGCUGCAGCGUUUUGUUUCUAACUCCAAGAGGCUGUUUGUAAUGACAGGAGCUGGAAUCUCCACAGAGUCAGGGAUCCCCGAUUACCGCUCGGAGGGCGUUGGGCUCUACGCCAGGACAGACAGACGGCCUGUCCAGCACGCUGAGUUCAUCCGCAGCGCCAGUGCCCGGCAGCGCUACUGGGCAAGGAACUUUGUGGGCUGGCCCCAGUUCUCCUCCCACCAGCCAAACAAAGCACACCUGGUACUGAGAGACUGGGAGAAGCUGGGCAAGCUGCACUGGCUGGUGACCCAGAACGUGGAUGCCCUUCACAGCAAGGCCGGGAGCCAGCGCAUGACAGAGCUGCACGGCUGCACACACAGGGUUUUCUGCUUGGCCUGUGGAGACCGAAUCUUGCGUUCUGAGCUCCAGGAGCACUUUGAAGCUCUGAAUCCUACUUGGAAAGCUGAAGCGUUUGGCGUGGCUCCGGAUGGGGAUGUCUUCCUGACGGAUGAGCAGGUGCGCAAUUUCCAAGUCCCAGCCUGCCGUAAGUGUGGUGGAAUCCUGAAGCCUGAUGUGACGUUCUUUGGAGACACAGUGAGCCAGGAAAAAGUCAGUUUUGUACACCAGCGCCUGGCAGAAUCAGACUCCAUGCUGGUAGCAGGAUCCUCCAUGCAGGUGUACUCUGGUUACAGGUUUGCUCUCGCUGCCCGGGAGAAGAAGCUGCCAAUUGCAGUCCUUAACAUUGGGCCCACCAGGUUAGAUCACUUUGCAUCCUUAAAGUUGAAUUCCCGCUGUGGAGAGCUGCUGCCUUUGAUUGUUUGCACAUGACCCAGCCAGCUGAGCUUCAGUAGACAUCAGGAUUAAAGUUAUUUUUACAAGGACUCAUCUCAGAGGCAGCUGUGAGAUGCAGUGCACGGCCACUGAGGGCACCAGGAGAGGGCAGCAAGCCUCGCACAUCUCAGCCUCACCAGUUCUCUCCACUGGAACCAUCUCCACGUAUCAGGAAACAGAAUGAUGAUAAAGAAAAGUACUUUUCUGCCUUACCUUGGCGUUGUAAACAGUGCCUUUUCAUUCACUGGGACAGGAUAAUUGGACUGCCACAUCUGAGGAUAAAACACUGUUCUUAGAGUUGUCCUCAGAGGAGAAGAGGGGCACAGGGAUUUUGAUCAGGUAGUUUGAGGCUAUAGCACAGGAGGGCAAUGUGGGAAACCAGGACACUGCUGGGGAGUCCAGUGUCACUGGUGGGAUACUGUAGAGUGUGCAAAGAGGAAAAAGAGGCAAGAGGAACUGCAGUUGUCACUUAAAAGAAAAAAGCUUCAAAAUAGAUUAUUUGGAAGCACAGGCUAUAAGGCUGACAUCUUCCAGCGAGGAGGGAAAGUCAGCAUUUCUCUCAAGUGUCAGUUGACAGCAGCAGCUAAACUGCUUCCUAUCCAACCCCUUUAAAAAUUAAUUAUUGUUGAGAUGCCAGAGGAGUUACUUUAAGCUAAUCUGACCAGCCCUACUUUCAGUGAGGCUACUACAUUUUCCAGAAUGCAUUUUUGAAGAUGUUAUGUAAUUAAUGAAUAGCUAAGGAAUCAAAACUGUUUAAAAGAUCGAGACUAUUUGCAUUGAAAUUUUCUCUCCCUCCUAUGAUUUAAGUACACCUCAGUAGCCAGUUUCAAUUCAUGUUUUUCCAUUGCAAAAAUGCAGGUUGUAAUUACUAGCAGCUGAUAAAUUAAGAGAGAAAUACAAUUAAAUCUGUACAAUAGGUCUCCCUCAGGAGGUACUCUCUGUUGAAAGGUGCAAUUUCCACACUCCUAACAGGAGAUCCAUCACUACUGGAUAGUGGUUUUUUGUUGAUCCUGAGGAUGGUGGUAUUGUAAGCCCUAUCAAACCAUUUACAGAGUAAAACACAGAACCUGGUACAAACUAGAACAUGGAAUUUUUGACCUGACCUUCUUCAUGAAACUACCACUCCUCCCUUGUAGCUCUGAGGGAUUUAAUUGUCAGGGUUUCCCAAGAGCUCCCUCCUACUCCAAGUAACAUGUCCUGGACUAAUAUUUUGACAAGAACUGUAACAAACAGUUGGAAACAAGGAUGCCAGAGUUAUCUGCUAAAAGGUCAAGUAGCAAAACAAGGACAACUGACCACAGGAUGCAAAGUUCAUUUUUGCUUUGUUGUCGAUUCAAAUCCCUGCCAGAAAGAAGCAAAUAAAGCACAGAAUCUAAGGGAUACAUAAGGCAUCCAAUUUUUGCAGAAAGUGGAGGGCAUUAAGAUGCUCAACAAAUUUCAGGAUUUGGCUGUAUUGGGUUAGAGGAGAGACAGCUUCACCUUGAAGCCAAGCAGGAACAGUUCAGGACUCCCACCUGCAUUCUGCUCUCAUUGAAUGGUGACUCCACUUCCCAAUGACUCAGGUGUCUGCUGCUUGGCAGCGAGCAAAGCUCACAGAUACAUCUCUAUCUUUAGCUGUCCUGUCCAGAGUACAGCUGUCCCACCAACCAAAGCUAUUGCAGAAAUCAUGCCUAAAGCACAGCAGAGUCUCUACAUACACCAUGUUUUCAUGUAGGGCUUAUCCCUGUAAGAAGAGAUGCUGAUGCCUCCUUAGCAGAGGAGUUGGGGCUGAGUUUCUCACUAUCCAUAUCUUCUCCCCCUCUUUAAAACUCGCAUGACAUUGGUGUGUCAAAACCAGAGGCUGCCAGUAGAGCCAGCAUUUUGAGAAGGUGUAGGAGCAUUGCCAAGCAGUCUAGAACAAGUCUUGGAAUAAGUUUUGUGACAGGUAACUAAACCUCCCACAUCUACCCCUGCCUCCUCUCCAGUUCUGCAGCUGAGCCUGUGGGAAAGGAGUCAGGGUGUCUCUUCAGCAUCACUCUCAGAUGAGUCAUUACCCCAACUCUCUGCUGAUUAUACUUUUAAGCCACCAGGACAAUGACUUACAAUAAAUGAACAUUACAUUAAA